CUCUUCUCUGUCGGUCACAUCCUCCUUGUCUUACUCGUUCUGAUUUCAACUGCCGGCGAUUCCUCGAUCUGUACCUUGACAGCUCUGCGAAUUCUCGUCUGCAACAGAAGCCUCACAAUCGAUAUGUCUGCAUACGGCCCAGUGAUUCGGGAUCAGGAAACCGAUUUCGUCAAUGGUGCGACUCAGCCAGAUCUGUUCUACAAUGGCGUGCCUCACGGAGUUCGAGGCUUCGAGACUCAUCUAUCGCCGAUGAGCACGGACCACGCAAUUUCUCUCUCGUUUCAUCCACAGUCAUGGAUGUCCUCAUAUGAAACGAAGACAUCUAUCACGCUUCGAAUCAUAGCCUUGGCAAUGCGAGUGAAAUUCGGAUUUCUGUACGUCUCGAAUUUUCACCUUUCCUGCGAGCUGUUGAGUCUGCCGCAGGGAAGCAUGUUGCGGACCAUGGACACUCAGCGCAGUCGAUUGACCACUGCCGGCGAAGGAGAUAUGGAGGAUGACCCCUUCAUGGCUGGAGGUGAUUCUGAUACAUCUGGGGAAUUCUUCACCCCUGUAGUACGACCCGCCUCUCCACUGAGUGACCGGGAAGAAGUGGUUGACACUGAUGAGGAUGAACGCCGCCGGAAGAGAUGCUGCAGAUGGAUCCCCAUAUAUCUUUACAAUGACGAAGGAGAACGGGUUGAGCUCUCGAUAUUUCAAUUGGCAGGGAUUGGAGGCUAUUCCUCUUGUGCUCGGGCUAUCCGGGAAGCCUACCCGAAGGACUUGCCUCCCCUCGGCGACGGGAUUCCCCACAUUUUGUGGCAGUGGUGGCCACAAUUCACCGGAGCUACCUACCACCGUGAAGAGGGGGGAGUUCUUAAUUAACCCUCAUACAAUUUGAUAAUAAUUUAUCUUAUUAAAUAUUGAGAUAUAUGUCCCUAUAUAUAGGAUCAAAAGAGAGAGUCAUAUUCCUAGUAAGAAAGGAAUAAAGUAUUAUGAAUGGUGUUGCUGAACGCAAGUGAUGGCUAUAAACCACCGAGAGUAUGAAAUAAUAGAAGUUUUAGAGAGAGAGAGAAUGCAAAGUAGGAGUAUAUUGAUUUCAAACUGGGGAUCCAUUACAAUGAGGGGUGCCACCCCUUUUAUAGGCGGUACAAUUCACUAAGUCAAAGCCCUCUAAUCGAGGCUCGUCGUUUAGCGGACGUCACCUGUCCU